AUGAAAUUGAUAAUCUUAUUGUUAUUUGCAACAACCAUCGUUGGUUGGGGAGAAAUAAACAAUGUCAUUAGACCAAUUUAUCUUGAAACAUCAGACGAAUGGACAAUUGAAACUUAUAAUGAGAACGUUUUUACGUUCAAUUAUAAUUGUUGUACAUAUCAAGAAAAAGGCUACAAUGAUACCAACCUAACUGAAAAUGAUGUAUCAGUUAGUCGAGAAUGGAAAUUUUUUGGAAUCAUUAACAUGAAACACUUUUUUCUUAUGACUCGACCCGAAAAAGAGAAAGUGACUAUUUAUGAAGACGAUCGACCAGAAGGACUUGUCAUCACUUUUGGGUGUUUUGAUGGAAGCACUGGGUGCAGACAAACACAAACUUUAAGAACUGAAAUUUUUGUUAAAAACAAAGGAGUUGUAUUACAUUCAAAAAUAGAUGAACAAUGGAUUAUAACAAUUUCAAGAGAUUUAUACCAAGAAAAAAUUCCACUUGUAUAUAUCGAUGGAAAAGUACAACAAACGGUAUCAAUAAAUUUGUUAUCUUUUACUCUGGUAGACGUUGAUUAUCCUGCAAUGUAUUUACUUUCUGGAAUACUUAUGAAUGAAAAUGUUAAUUUAUAUACAUCUGACUCUACUCAUGAAAUCAAGUCGGUGUGUACAAAAGGAAACUUUUCCAGAAUGAAACUGGUUUCUAAAGAAGGUACAGGAUAUGGUCCCUCAUAUAAUUGUAAUUGCAAUCCUGAUAAAUUAAAACCUUUUGAUGAAUUUGAUUACCCAGAUUGUAAACACAAUAGUACAUUCUUUAACUUAAAUCUUGUUGAGUUCGAUUUUUAUCUAUUUAAACAAGCGAGUUGGGAAACAAUCACUUAUAAAGAAAGCGGAGAUCUAUUACUUAUAUCGACUUUGGAUUCACUUCAUUUUACUAUCUUGACUGUCAUACAGAUCGUUAUGAUAUUUGGCGUUUACGUUAAAAUUGACAAACUAAUAUUUGUAGAAGGAGACUUGCAUUUCGAAAUGGGUGCGUCAAUAGAUUCCAUUGAAUAUACGAAUCAAAAUUUAGUAGAAACCACUCUUUUUUGUGUUAAAAGGGAAUUUUACACAAAAAAUAACUCGUUUGUGCAAAGAGGAAAUCAUGUUUUUUACAUUCAAAACACAUGCAAUAAAGUUCCUUGUCCAGGAGACGAUUGCAUUGAAGUUAAUGGGUGUUACUACUAUUUAAAUUAUAAGUGCGACCGUGUUAUUUUGUGCCCAAAUGGGAUGUUCUUUGAUGAAAGCUGUAAAAAUUGCACAACAAAUGACCCCAAUUGUGGGUAUUGUAAUGGAUAUGAUUGUGUUGGGUGUAAUGAUGGUUUUGAUUUUGAAGAUGGAAAAUGCACAAUAUGUCCAGUGAAUUGUCGAAAAUGUUCAGAUAAUUUGUGUAUCGAAUGUGAUAAGGGUUUUUACUAUGAGAAAGGGCAUUGUAUUGAGUGUUCCAUGGGGUGUAAUGUAUGUGAUAAAAAUUCAUGCAAGGAAUGUAAAAAAGAUCUUUAUUUGAAUAAUGGAAUUUGUAUUGAUUGCCAAACUUUUUCCUCCAAUUGUAUAGAGUGUGAUGAUAGACAAUGUAAGACGUGUCAAGUUGGUUAUUUUCUUAAUCAAACUGGCAUUUGUCAAAUAUGUGAUAAUAUUUAUCCGAAUUGUAAUUUGUGUAAUGAAACUGAGUGUUUUGAGUGUAAUGAAUAUUCAUUUUUUAUGGUGGAACUUGUGUUAACUGUUUUGAAAAUUUUCCAUCUUGUUCCACUUGUGACCCAAAACAUUGUACUUCAUGUAAUAACGGUUAUUUCCUUGAAAAAACUGAUUGCAUUGAAUGUUUAA